GGCGACGAAUUGUUCGCGGCCCAGACCUCUCUGGAGGAGGCCAAGGCCUCCAACAAGCGCAUGCAGGAGGAAGGUGCAGCCCGCUCCAAGGUCCUCAAGCCCGUGGCGGACACCAUCGACACCUGGGGCCCCCAACUUCGAGCGGCCCUGGAGAUGAACGUUUUCAACCCGGAGACCCCCUUGCGGGACAUGGAGGUUGACGAGAUCGAUGCCCUCAAGGAGCGGUAUUUGAACACCAAGUUCCUGCUCAACCAGAGCCGGAACCCUUUCCCGGCCUCCCUCCUGCAGGAGCUCCCCACCUUGGCGGCCCAGCACCGUGAAGUGGAACGGGUCACCAGGGAGCAGGGAAGGGGGAUGCCUCCCACAGGUGCCUUUGGCCCUGAGGAGCAGACCCCUGAAGCGAUCCUUGGUGUGCCUGCCGGCACGGUGGAGUUCCAGAUCCUCCGCCUGAAGCGCCUCAUCGAGCUGCACAUGGGGGAGCAGCGCAUGAUCGGGGGCAAGCCCCGCCUCGAGCACAUUGUCGGCCCCUUCCACGCCAAGGACGACGACGAGGAUUACCAUUGGCGGAAGGAGGUCCAGACCUGGGACCUGGUGAGCCUCUUUAGCUGCUUUGGCCACAGCUACACGGCCCGGCACCUCUAUGCGGUGUGGAGCCACUUGCCGAUUACCCUGGCAGCCCACAAGCGGGGGGCGAAGAAUGCGACCACGAACAACCAGCGCCGGGAUGAUUUCCGGCAGAUCCAGAAGGAGGCCAAGGAUUUCGUUCUGUUGCAUGACCUCCCGGUGCCCACCACGGACCUGGAAUGGAAGCAACUUUACAGGGAGAUGGGCUCGUUCUUUGCGGCCAAGGUCUUCCUGAGUCGCACCCCACAGGUGGUGAUGGACUUGCCUGUGGCGGACAUCCACGAUUCCAAGGAGCAUCUCAGGUUCAGGGCGGUGUGUGACGAGAGGAUCACCCUCCCCCUGAAGGCCUUCUCCGACUUCCCGGAGAUCUACAACAACCUCUCCGCCUCCCUCGGCCAACAGGCGGUGGUGGAGGUGAAGAUGGCCUGGCGCUGCAACACGGAGCAGUGGUGGACCGCCCGGCUCCGGCCAGAGUACGCGGGCCCCAUCUACCGCAAGCUGGGCUACGCCGAGAGCUUCAUCAAGGGGCUCGGCCUGGGGGACUUGGAUACCUCAGCUGCCUUUGGCGCUGAAAGGAUUAUCCUUGACCCCUCGGCGGCGGAGCAGGAGCGGUCCCUGCCACCCAUCACGCCAGACAAUGUCUCCAGCGUGGCUUCGGAUGACUACAAGCGCAAGGUCGCUCGGGACAAGACGGCCCAUGUCUUUUGGGCUCGCAUGGAAUGCGGCUUGGUGCUGAGUUCCGUCUCCCCCUGGGAGAUUGUUGACAAGAAGAAGGGCGAGACCAAAG